CCAUAUAAAUGCAUCGAGCUAUGUGAUCUUUGACUCGUCAACUGCCAGCCAGCAUUAUCAGAGCAAAUAAUAAGGCGAAGCAAGAAGAAGCAAGAAAGUGAUGUGAAUGAUCUUGCUCCAAGAUGGCCAUUGACGGAGAGUCGAAAGUCGAUACUUCUCGACCACCCGAGCAGUCAGCUCCAAGCUCGGAUGAAAGCACAACCACGAUCGAUGCCGAACCAGCAAUUCCGACAAAAGUGGAAGGGGAUUUGUCCAAAGAGCAACAAGGGAUACGCAAGCACUUGAUCGCGCUGAGCAUUGUGCUUUGUCAACUUGUUGUGGCUCUUCCUUUCGGUUCCGGCCUUUUGAUCUCAUAUACGAUUCCCCAAGAGCUAGGAUCUGAUCCAAGUCUGGGCAUAUGGAUUGCUGCUUCAUACCCGCUGACAGAGGCGACUUUUGUCCUCAUGGGUGGCCGCAUUGGAGCUGUCCGCGGCCAUAAGAAAGUUUUAGUCAUCGGCGGUGCCAUAUACGUUCUGUUCAACCUCAUCUCAGGGUUUAUGCGAACCGUCCCGACUAUAAUCGUCAUGCGAGCUCUUAGUGGCGUGGGAGCUGGUAUCAUCGUCCCGAAUGCUAUUGCUCUGCUUACGACAUCGUUCCCACCGGGCAUUGGUCGCCUAAUUUGGGUCGGGUUGUUUGGAGCCAUGGCUCCUGUCGGUGCUGGUGGUGGCUCCAUAUUUCCUGGCUUCUUUGGCCAGCUGCUGCCUUGGUGGUGGCUAUUCUUCUUUUUUGCAAUUGCUGGAGCGGUUGUUUUCAUGACUGCUGCGAUCCUUGUCCCCUCCGAAGAAGUUACAAUGGAUCCGAAUGGAAAGGUUGACUAUAUUGGGUCGUAUUUUGGCGUUGGCGGCCUCAUUCUGUUCAACUGUGCCUGGACAGAGGCCGCCAUCAAGGGGUGGAAGGUCGAUUAUGUAUACAUAAUCCUCAUUCUGUCUGUGCUUCACAUAUGCCUCUUCCUACUAUGGGAAGCAAAGUUUGCAAAGGAGCCUAUUUUGCCUCUUUCAGUUUGGUCUGCGCCAUCCUUCAAGCCCAUGCUGCUCUCCGCCUUCUUCACCUUUAUGAGCACGGGUAUCCUCUUCUACUACGUAACACGAUGGCACGUUGAUAUCCGCCACUUUUCCAAUCUUCUCAACGCUGCAGCAUUUGCGACUUUUACCGUCAUGGCAACGCUCGCCUGUGGAGUAAGCGCCCUUUGCGUGCGAUAUAUGCCUGCGCAGCUUGUGAUGGCGAUAGGGACGGUAUCGGCCCUUGUUGCGGGUAUUCUGCUGGCGACGAUGCCCGUGCAUCAGAAUUACUGGCCACAGGAAUUUCCAGCGCUGUUCAUCUUGGGGUUCAGCCCCGAUUUCAUCUUUACGACCGCACAGAUAAUCACCAGCAACAGCGUCAAACGGAAUCUUCAGGGUGUGGCUGGAUCGUUGGUUGGUACGAUUCAGCUCUACGGCUUGGGCACGGGCCUGGGAUUUGCUGGCACUAUUGAGAUUUAUACCAAUAAGCACGGCGCCGAUCCAAUCGGCGGUAUCAGACACGCUCUGUGGUUCUCAGUUGCUCUGGUCGGCGCAGCGACGCUGAUGUGUGUCUUGAUUCGGAUUCCCAAGGACCAGCGCGAGGGCUGGGACGAAGAUGAGGCGGGAGGCCAUGCCUAAUCUACUUCGAAGCAGGUUCAUUGCCCAUUUAUACCGGGGAGGCAAACGUUAUAUGGUUAUGAUUAAUUUCUUUUAACAGCAUGAGCGAGAUUUUCGCGUACUUUUGAUCCAUUUCGCUGCUUCUUGAACACUCUGGAG